UAUGUAUAUAAUGAGUGAAUACAAGCACGCAAGUGUCAUACUUCUUCUAUGGCGCAUAGGGCGCAUAGUUUGUCUUGUGAAAUUCAUAAAUGCCUCCUCAUAACUGUGAAAUGAAGACUAGUCUGAUAGAAAAAAUUCCAUCUUGUAGUAUAUAGCAAUGUUUUGAAAGUGGAACAUUUUGGAGGUUUUUUAAAACCUCUAGAAUUGUGAAUGUUUUGAUGUCUGCACAUUAUCUUACAUGUUGGAAUCCACUUAUGUGCCUUGAGUUUCGUUUCAACGUACUCGACGAAAACAUUGAUAUUGAAAUCACGCUGAAUAUUUAAGUUUCGUAGAAUCGUCAAAUUGACUUUAAAUCCUUUCAGGGGUUUUCAUGGAAAGUGAAAAGGAUUUGUAAUAUACAUAGACAUAACCUAAUUGUGAUUCUAGGUAGAAUCACACAGAUUCUUAAAACAAAUCGUGAAGCAUUGUGACUAUUGUGAAAAGCGUUAUUGGAACAGUUAAAUAAUGGCUGCAGAAGCAAUACAAGUGAGCUCAUUGCCAUUACCACCUCUGCAAUAUAUUAAUUUAUAUACCGACGAAAAUGUGCGACGGGGUCGAGCCCCCAGACCUCCGCCUCCCAUCCACGACACUUACUCCAUGUUUGGCAAUGUUUUCAACGCUGAUGAUACUAUCAUAAGACCGUUGGAGGCUCAAGGAAUUAAAAGAUUGUAUCCUCAACACUUUGAUCGUAGGAGAGAGUUAAAAAAACUCAAUCACUCUCUGCUUGUCAAUUUCUUGGAUCUUAUUGAUCUACUCGUACAAUGUCCGGACAGUCCUCGUAGGGCAGAGAAGGUUGAAGAUCUCAGUCUUUUAUUCAUUCACAUACAUCAUUUGCUGAACGAAUUCAGACCUCAUCAAGCGAGAGAAACUCUGAGGGUGAUGAUGGAAUUGCAGCGUAGACAACGUCUGGAGACUGCUUUGAGAUUUCAAAAACAUCUUGAAAAGGUGCAAGAAAUUCUGCAACACGCGCUACAAAUGCUACCAGACACUUCGGAUCUUGAUUGCAAGUUGUCAAUAAACACAGAAUCCAUUGAAUCGACUGACAACCAAGGAUCCGAGUCACAAAAUCCAGAUCCUUGUAGUUCAAGCGAUCGAAUAAUGUGUCGGAUAAUUGAUGAAAUGACCAUGACAAAUGGACUAUUCUAGAACCGCACAUAUUGAUCUAUUAGACAUUUUUUUAUACUUUAAAUCACAGUUAUAAUUAAAUAUACAGAAGUAAAUAUGUAUAUAAUAAAUUGAACGACGAAACAAUUUUA